GAAGAAAAAAAAACACGUUUUCCAAUCUUAGGACGCAACUCAUAAAUAUAUAAAUUUUUAAUGUGCGUUUUGGCUUUGUUCUUCCAAAAGUCAAAACGAAAACAAAACACGGUGUGUGUAUGAAAAUAAAAUCAGCUACCCCCUCAAGAGCGCGGCUGAAUUGCAUGUAUUAGCUCAAACUGCAUGCUGAUACAACACUUGUCAGUUCUUCGGUGUUUUUGAUCCUUGCCGCUCUUUUUGCUCCAGCCUUUCUGUCUUUCCACCGGGCAGAUGUUGAAGCUCGUCUCCAAGUGGCUCACAAACGCCACGCCCGGCUCCGAGACGCUCCUCCUUCUGGCGCGGAGACCUGUCGCUGGUGCGUCUCGGCAGGGGCUCGGCGCUGCUCUCGCCUGCUCCCCCACAAGGCGGCUACAGCCCGAUCCGACCCUGUAGUGCUGGGCCUUACGGGGACACGCGUCGGGUGACACGCCGAGCCCCGGCCGAACAGAAAAGGGGGCCCUUUUAAAACAACCAGUAAGGAAUGAGGGAUUCGUGUGCGAGUGAACGGUAAGAAACUUUGUUUCUCCAAAGGACUCAGUAAGAGCCGGUUUCAUAAUGCAUGUUUUUUUUUUUCCCCGAGAACGAGCAUGACAUGCCGCUAAGGAGCGGAGCAGCGCUCUAUUAGAACUAAGCGCCGUGAAGAUCAGUUGCGAUACAUUUAAAAAAAGUUCAAUGUUCAAUGUGCUCGGAGCAAAGCAAGAUCCCCAUAGCAAAGGAUGUUCGCUGACGAAGACUGGCUUUCAGUUUUACUACCUUCCCACUGUCUACAUCAUAGUGUUCGUGACCGGACUCAUAGGGAACAGCGUGGCCAUAUGGAUGUUCAUCUUUCACAUGAAGCCGUGGAGCAGCAUCUCGGUCUACAUGUUCAACCUCGCGCUGGCGGAUUUCUUCUACGUGCUUUCCCUUCCCAUCCUGAUCUUUUACUAUUUCAACAAGACGGACUGGAUCUUCGGGGAUGUCAUGUGCAAACUGCAGCGCUUCAUUUUCCACGUGAACCUGUAUGGGAGCAUCCUGUUCUUGACCUGCAUCAGCGUCCACCGGUACACCGGGGUGGUCCACCCUCUGAAGUCGCUGGGGCGGCUGAAGAAGAGGAACGCGAUCUACACCAGCGCGCUGGUGUGGUUCAUUGUGGUGGGCGGCAUCUCGCCGAUACUUUACUACUCCCGGACCGGCUUGAAGAAAAACGCCACCACCUGCUAUGACACCACUACUGAAGACGAGCUGCCCAGCUACUUCAUCUACAGCAUGUGCACGACCGUGUUCGGGUUCUGCAUUCCCUUCAUGAUUAUCCUGGGCUGUUACGGACUGAUAGCGAAGUCGCUCAUCUGCAACGAGAUGAACAACGCGCCGCUCAGGAAGAAAUCCAUCCACCUCGUCAUCAUCGUAUUGGCCGUGUUCGCCGUGUCCUAUCUCCCGUUUCACGUGAUGAAGAAUUUGAAUCUGCGAGCCCGGCUGUACUUUCAGAGCCCCGAGAUGUGUGACUUCAAUAACAAGGUGUACGCCACCUACCAGGUGACUCGGGGAGUCGCCAGCCUGAACAGCUGUGUGGAUCCUAUCUUGUACUUCUUGGCCGGGGACACGUUCAGACGGCGGUUGUCUCGGGCCACAAGGAAAGCCUCCAAAAAAAGUGAUAAUACCCUUCAGUCCAAAAGCGAAGAAACUGCCAUCAACAUUCUGUCGGAAUGCACUGAAAACGGAGAUACGCGCCUUUGAAUGUAUUAAAUUGCAGUCAAUGGAGUUGAGCAAUGACUGACCGCACACCCGCAUUACAAAUGACUGCACUACCCGAAUGUACAGCAGUUGUCUGUUUGCAGUACUAUGGUUGUAUGCCUGUGUAUAGCCCCCACCACUGUUCGACUUACUGUAGGUAAUUUUUCAAGUUAACUUGGUAUGUUGUUUUUUAUUUGGGAUCGAAAAGGUAUUUUACAAAGUAAACCCAAUACUGUAUUUCAGGAACAAGACGUUUCUAGUAGAUUUACCGUAUAAUAGUUUGUGAGCUUGACUGAACUAGUAUACAAAUAAAGGUUUAUUCCAUGGUGAAAAGAGAGUAGAAAAGAAACACAACGUUCUGGCUGUGGAGCCUUCUUCGAGUGAAGAAGCAUGAACUAAUUUCCAUACCAUUUUAACAUGCCACAAACAAUACCUUAAAAUUAGUGACCCCACGCAGUUUACAGUUCUGUACUGGAUGUGUAAAAUGAGCAGCCAAAAGCUGAACUAAAAGUUCACUGCAGUAGUACAAACAGCAUUUGAAAUGUUUUUUUAAAACACAGUAGUGUUUUUUAAUUCGUUGCAGAAUGUAUGACCGCAUAGUAACAAGAAUAAUAGACCAUUUAAAUAAGCCUUAUAUUUAUAAUGAUUGAUUAGUGAUCAAUUGCCUAAUGAUGUCUGGUCAAGCAAUGAUGACGAUAUUCCACAGGUUUUCCCUGUCACAGAGUAACAUUCUGGAAGUAUGUAGCAAAAUACUGUUAAAAUGUCUGGUGACUGCUAACACAAUCGGACACAAACACCAGAAAGGUGCAGCAUAUAUCAGCCAGGAAAAGAAGGUGUCACAGUAAUUAACUGAGAUUACCGGUUUUAUUACAAGAUGCCUUUAAAUUAUGCAGAUUAGUGGAAUAACCUGCUGUAGGUGAUUGACUGCUAUGUUGAAAUUAUUCACACUGACAAUUUUACUCCUGACUGCCCAAUGCACCAUUUUUGUGCAUUUCUCUUAUAUGAAGGGACAGAAUAUGUUAAAAUACCAACCUCUUUUGUAGGUUUAUGUCUAAGAUUUAAAAGUUAUUUUUUAUUUUUGUAUGUUUUAAUGUGUUAUUAAAAAACAGUAAUGUGACUGUUAAAUUAUUGCAUGUAGACAGUGUUAAAUGACCGUAACAUGAGGUAACUAAUGACAAAGGCUGACUUUCUCCUUUUCUGUGAGAUACUGUUUGCAUGCUGGGGAUUUUGCAUGAUGGGAAAAGACUGUAGCUGUCAUUUGCUAAAAAAUGCAGAUAAAAAGCAAAUACACUAGCGUCUGCCCUUGUACUUGAGUAAAAUGUGACCAAUAAAACCUUAAAAUAAUAUC